CCCUCGCUCACCCAGGACCUGGAGCAGUUCGUGAGCGGCGCCAAGGACGGCGUGAUCCUGUUUUCGCUGGGCUCUAUGAUCCGCGCCUCCUCGCUGCCCAAGGAGAGUGCGGCCGCCCUGCUGCGCGGCUUCGGCGCCCUCAAGCAGCGCGUCGUCUGGAAGUGGGAGGACGAGGCGCCCGGACCGGUGCCCGACAACGUGCGCCUGUCCAAGUGGCUGCCCCAGUUCGACGUGAUCUGCCACAACAACACCCGCCUGUUCAUCGGGCACGGCGGUCUGCUCAGCACCACCGAGGCGGCGAUCUGCGGCGUGCCCCUCCUGGGCGUGCCCGUGUUCGGCGACCAGCGCACCAACGUGGCCGCCGUCGCCAAGGCGGGCGCCGGCCGCGGCCUGUCCUUCGGCACCCUCAAGGACGCCGAUCUCUUCCUCAAGAACGUCAAGGAGCUGCUCGAGGACCCCAGCUACAAGAAGAACGCCAGCGCGCUGUCGGAGCGCUUCCGGGACCGGCCCAUGUCUCCGCUGGACACGGCCGUGUACUGGACCGAGUACGUGAUCCGCCACAAGGGUGCCCCGCACCUGCGCGGCGGCGCGCGCAACCUCGCCUGGUACCAGGAGGCGCUGCUGGACGUGUUCGCCGUCGUGUUCCUGCUCCUGGCCGCCGCCCUGUUCGUCUUGUGGAAGUCGCUGCGGGCCGUGCUGCGGCUCGUGAGGCGCGUGGGCUGCCCGCCGGUGGGCGCCUGCGACCAGAAGAAGGACAAGUCCGGCGGCAAGAAGAAGAAGCAGUGAGACAACUUGGUGUAGUGAGCUACUCGGUUGUACCCGCGGUAGCAGGAAACAAUUUGUACAUGGACAGCAAAACGAAGUUGCUGCUUCAGCUGUUGCUUCAGGCUGUGAGGGGUACAGUGUGUGCCAAAACGACAUGGCUGUGUUCAGUGCUCUCUCCUAGUGCGUGUGCGUGCGUGUGUGUGAGUGUAUGGGUGUGGCUGUGUGUGAGUGUGCGAUCUCAUUAGCCGAACCGCUUGUCCAAUGCGGUAGCUGUAGAACGGGUCGCCUACCCAGUAGAGAAAAGUAAGGCUUAACGUGGGCCACCUGGCAAUGUCUAGUGGCCCGCUAUCCUUGAAGACUGCACGAAAAUAAAUUAUUGUACAGAA